AGUGCCAGGUAUGGCACUAAAAAGAAAAAAAAAUAACAAUAAUAAAGAACAAUCAAGACGUUCUAGAAUGUCAUUCCAGAAAGAUCAAGUGUGAGAGGCCUUCAGUUCAGCAGCCUCUGUCUCGUGUGGGUGUGGGCUGCAGGCGGACAGCAAACCACUCUCCCACGCCACUUCCGCCGGCGCUUCUGUCUCCCACAGAACCUGGACCUGGCCUUUGCUGCUAGAAGGUCUCGUCUUCCUCCAGCCAUGGACUUGCCCAUCAUAUAUGCUGAUUUACAUCUCGCCAGGGCCCCCGCGCAAGACAGCGCCCCCUCCUCCACUCACCCGCCGGAGGGGUGCCGGGGGCCCUGUUGGCACGGGCUGGCGUGGAAGCUUUUCUGCGCUGCUGUAACUCUGCUGGUCCUGGGCGUGGCUGGGCUGAGUGUGGCAGUGGUACUCUUAAUGCAAAAAUCACCGACAGAAGAGGGCACGGUGGACAUUCAAGAAAACAGAACCGAAACAACAGUUCAACCUCUUCCAGUUUCUCCCGUAGAGAGACCAGCCAUGGCAGCGUGCCCUGUGUCUUGGCAUGAACUUGGAGACAAGUGCCUGUUUCUAUCAUCCACACCUUUGUCUUGGAAUGGCAGUCUGACCUACUGCUCCACAAAGCAAUCCAACCUGCUGCUGAUUCACGAUGCGGAGGAGCUGAAGCUCCUGUUUCUGGAGUUUCUGGAGCACAGCAAACAUCUCUACUGGAUCGGACUACAUCGCUCAGUGUUGGGCAAGACGUGGAAGUGGACCAACGGCUCUGAGUUCAGCUCCUCCAGCCUCCAGCUGACGGACGGGGCACAGGACACAAGCGUGUGGCAGGACAAGGACCCAAGCGUGUGGCAGGACACCAACUGUGCGGUCGCCUCCCACAAGCGCUUGUACGCUGAGAGCUGCCAGGCCGAGCUGAGAUGGAUCUGCCAGAAGGAACGUUCUAGAAAGAGAUCACGGCAGUGA